AUGGACUCCUCGACAUUGCGCCUGAAGGCACGGCCGCCCGUGGAGGACCCGAUAGAAAAUUGGGACGAUGAAGACUUUCUUAUUGAUGGGGAGGAUAUCGCCUUUCCUUCCAUUUCGAACUCGGUCAACAUUUCAUCCAACCGCCGCGAUUCGGCAUCCUCGUUCCGAUCCGACUUUGAAUCCGUGCACGGGGAGGAGGAGAAGCAGGUUCAUUUGCCGGACAAUGACGAGAAAUCGACCCUCGAUGCGAUCGCUGCGGCCGCAAAGGCCGGCAUCCCGCUCCCUAAGAACGUCCCGCCCUCGGCUCUCAUGGGAGGCACGAUCAAGCGGCUUGGCGGCAGGAAGAUCAAGAAGAUAAUUCAAGAGGACUGGGUGGAUGACCUUGAGUUUCCCGAUGCCGGACAGGUCUUGCAAAUUAAAUCUCGGGACAACGCUCACUUUCCGGAAGUCCUACGCCAGGUCAGCAACUCGAACCAACCGAGCCCAUUAAAGCCGCCAAGAGAGUUCACCAUAGCGACGCAGGAGGAGCCAAAGGACACGAAAUCAAUUUCAUCAAGUUUUAUUGACCUGGAAAAGUUUCGAGACGCUGAUGAUGACGACGACGACUUUUUCGGAGAUGGUGGCGACACCAUCAAGGUGUCCAAGAGACGUGAGGCGCCGAAGCCUCUUUCCUUAAUCACACCCCCGACUCCUCAGAAACCCACCGGCGGAGCCUUCGGUGGCGAUGACGACUUCGAGGAUGAUUUCGAACUUCCGGCGGAUGGAAAGCUGAAGCUUUCGUCCAAGAGGGAAAUACCAAAAACCCCGACCCUCACUAACAUCCUAGAAGACCUCGACUGGGCCGAAGGCAGCCUUGGAACGAGAUUCGGCGGUACUCGACGAGAUGCCCAGUCCACUCGCAGCUCGUCUGUCUCCGCCUUCAGUCCCAGUAUCGCGAGCUCGAUCAUGGAGAGCGAGGACGAGGCAUUUGAUGGCUUGAUCAUUCCGAACGGGCCACUUGAUUUCGGAGAGCGCCUGAAACGCCGUCGCAAGAGCCGUUCUCCAGCACGGAUUCCGGAAGAAACCAUCCAGGAGGAGCCCGCCAGGGAGGAGCCUACUAAACGGAGAUCGGAAAAGGAUGACAAGGAAGACUUCCUAACCGGCCUCGAUAUCGGCGAUGGGGAAGUUUUCGACUCGAGGAAGUUGACGCUCAACCGCAACAUUCAGGUCAAAGCCACCAGGCCCACCAGCCCUUCACGACCCAAGGCAUCGGUUGCGCUCAAGUUUACGAACAAGCCCGUCACUGCAUCCCGACUCCCGCGGCCUAUGGGGCCGAUGGUCAACCACGAGCGGUCGCAUACACAAUCUUCGCUAGAACCUGUUUCUGAGAGCGGCGGCCCAAUCCAGCGCGCCCACUCGAGGCGCUCUUUGCACUCAGCACAAUCCUCGGUGACCAGCCUCGGCAGUGCUACGACCCCAUCGACACCUUCGUCUGCGCAAACCAUAACACCUACAACGCCGCGAAGGAGGGAACUUGGCCAAAGGACAUCGCAGGUGUCGCUGAGGACCGAACCAACCACCACAAAUGCGCAACUGCUCCGCCUGAAGCGGUCGUUGCCCGCGAUGCGCGCGACCCAGUCCCCGGCGAGGCCCCCACCCACUCGCGGAUACGAGCGACCUCCCUCUCGAACUGAACAAGCAAGCCGAGGUCCGCCCACGUUGCGGCCUAAAACUCCUGUUGAGCGCAUGCGGACCUCUGAAAGCGCCGCUGCCUUGGCCCGCAAGGCCCCUGUGCCGUUCUUGCCCGCCGGCGCAUCAGCAAUCCAGUCAUACAAUGUCAACGCCAAGACCCGAUCGUUUCGUCGUCAUGAUUCAGAGACAAGCAUCGAGUAUCGACCCAACUCCAGGGCGGUUUCUCGAUCGACGAUACGGUCGCCUAGUCCGCGUCUAUACCGUUCGGCCGAGAAAGCUACGCCAGAGGGCGCCUGGGGGAGGCUCAGCAUGCCCAGACGGGUGCGAAACUUUGGUGACGGUCAUGAGCUGGAUGCUUUUGAUGAUUUGCCUACCUCGACCAACGCAGAAUCCAAGUUCCUGAAGCAGCCACUCAGCGCCAAGUCGCAAACAAAGAUGAGAGGAUACCAAAGCAUUCUACCCGACCGUACUGUCACCCCAUCCCCUCGCGCUCCCUACUCUUCCCGCGUCGAUAACGUGCCGAGUUUUGCUCGCGAUACUGCCGCAAGCCGGAACGCACGGGAGGCGAGUCUCGCACAGCGCAACCCAGCGGGCAUGAUUGCGCCGCUCACCACUCAGCGGAUUGCCCAGCUCUCGGUCAAGAAUAAUUAUAAUGCCCAGCCGCAGUUCGGGCUACCCGCAGCCAAGGGCAGGAAAUUGCGGCGCUCACCGCAAUCCAAGCCGCAUCUGAUAUCGAAUCUCAAUCCGCCAAAAGACCCAAAGAUGGUCAAGGGAAUGUGGUAUAACCCGGAGACUUUCCAAUGGGAGGGCAAUGACAACGCGCUUAGUGCGUUUGAGAUCCCAAACUCUUCUCCCUCUAUCACCUCGGUACCCCAGCCAAUUGUCCGCGAGCGGGAGACUGCCACGCCGCGUCCGGCCCUGAUUACCAACAUCGGCGCCACCAAAGGCGUGCAGGUCGUCGGCGGCAUGGUCUUUGACCCGCAAAAUAUGUGCUGGCUGAAGCUAGCCCCACAGAGCAAAUCAGAAAAGAGCGACACGCUCGACGGGUUUAACGCCUUCGACGAUGACGAGGACGUGUUUAGAGAUAUUCCCGACCUUGAGGAGCGCACCAUGGCGUCCAGCGACGGCGGUAACCCGCGUGUCAGCGACAUCAAUCACGAGUGGCCGGUAGGCGAGGAGUUUGACGUCGGGCCCGAGUUUGUGCGCCGACAACGCGAAGAAGAAGACCGGUGGAGAAAGAAGUGCCAUCUCUGGAUCAAUAACCAGGGUGACCGCGGCGACGCCUGGAAGUGGGCCAUUCGCGACAUUGUCAGCGAUAACUAA